CUUUCACAUAUUCCAUUGGCUUUCACCAAUUAUCGAAACAAGCGGCACAGGAGACAAGUUGGCCUGACCGCGAUGGCCUCCCCAUACGACGCCGCGGCCAUGCUCCGCAAGCAGGCCUCGAGCCCCCUCUCCCCAACCGAACCCCAAUCACAUCCCUUCGCGUCCAAGAAGCGCAGGCAGCCCGGCGGCGGCUACCUGCCGCUGCACCGACGGCGGCGCACCUCGUUUCUGGGCGUGAGCGUUGGCGUCCCGCGCUCGCCGCAAGCGCGCCGGCGGGCCCUCCUCGCCCUCGCCAUCCUCCUUUCGCUAUUGUGGGCGCUGUACUGGAUUUUGACAACAUACGAGUUCCAGUUUGAGAUGAGCGUGUACUCGCGCCGGUGGGUGCGGCAGGAGUUUGACGAGAUCCUCCCCCUCAAGGGAUGUUUUGACAACCCCUCGCCAUCAUACAACAUGACCCAGCCGUCGCACCUUCUCUCACCCGGGAUCACACUGCGGAGGGGGAUGUCAUGCUACGACUUUGCUUCGACUGUCGCCCCAGCCGCAGCGCCAGAAGAAUUGCUCUACCACACUUAUUGGCGCACCGACCUGCGCUCGUUCGGACCCCGGCAGGCGGCGACUAUCGAGGCGUUUCUUGCUUCACAGCCGCAUGCGGCCUCCAAGCUUAUUUUGUGGUCCAAUGGCGCCGAGGCAUUGCGCUCUAGCCCUCACGUCCGGCCGUUCCUCGACGAGUGGGCGAGCGUGUUCGAGGUCCGCCAGGCCGACCUCGCGCAACUCGCGGUGGGGACGGACUUGGAUGGCAUGGUUGGCUCCGUGUACGAUUCCAAGGGGUGGGUCGAUGGCGAUGCGCUACGCCUGCUGCUGUUGUGGCACUACGGUGGCGUCUGGAUGGACAUGGAUAUGCUUCUCGUCCGCGAUCUGCACACACUCGCUGAGACCGAGUUCGUCGGCCAGUGGGACUGUUAUGACAAACCCUACUUCCAGAUGAACGGCGCCAUCAUGCACUUCCGCCGCCACUCGCCAUAUCUCUGCGAAGCAUUCCACAUCAUGGCGACCUCGGCCCCCCCUGAACCGGGCACAUUCGCGUGGGGCAGCCAUCUGUACGCGAAGCUGCACCGUGCGCUUCUCGCGGGGGGAAUUCAACCCUUCGGCGUUCUCCCGUGGUGCUUCACAGAUCCGCGCAACUGCCGCGCCGACAUCCGCUUCCCGGACCCGUUCGCGCCCGACCCAAGUAUCUGGGGCGGGCUGCCGUGGACUACGAAGGAGGGACUGAGUGGGCGUGAGGUGCUGGAGGACAAGAUCAGGAGCGUGUUCGCGAUCCACCUCCAUAAUCAGUGGGAGAAGAGUUUCGCGCCUGGGGGAUACAUCGAGCGGCUGCUCGAGUCGUGUCGUGAGCGUUUGCGGGCCCAGAUUAGAGCAUAGACUGUACAUUACAUGUAAGCAUAGGCUGGUGA